AUGGAGUACCGUACGGUGAUUAUGUAUGUGGAGAUUGGCUGCUUUAUUACGUGCCUGUGUGGCUGGAUCCUGGUGAGUUCCACACUUCCCACAGAGUACUGGACCUUCUCAGAGGUGAGCAGCCUUGUGUUAACCACCUCUAAACACUACUCCAACCUAUGGAGGGACUGCGUCUCGGACACCACGGGGGUGUCCGACUGUAAGGACUAUCCCUCAUUGCUGGCCUUGCCUGGUUUCCUGCACGCCUGUAGAGCGCUCGCUGUGUGCGCCGUCAUCACCGGUUUCUUCGGAGGGGUCCUCACGCUAAUUGGGAUGAAAUGCACGAAAAUCGGUGGAACAGAAAUCACUAAUGCGAGGGUCACUUUUUCUGGCGGCGUAACCUACCUCGUCUCAGGAUUUUGCGGUAUGAUCGUGUACUCUUGGUGGGCGAACAAAGUCGUUACAGAAUUUGUGGAUCCAAAUUUUAAGGCACAGAAGUUUGAAAUUGGGGCGGCUGUUUUUAUUGGCUGGGGAGGCUCCAUUCUACUCAUCUGUGGAGGGACAGUGUUGACUUAUUUCUCGGCAAAAGAAGGCUUAGUAUCCAGUUCCGCAAAAAGGGAACGGAGACCGGUUUCUUACGCCACUGCCCGUACCAGACGUACGUAUAUGCCGAUGUCGUUAUCAUCCAGAACGACUCUGGGGCCUCCGCUGUACUAUCCAGGUGCGAGGAGCCACAUAACCAAAGCGACAAGAACUGCUCAAACUUUCAGCCGGGACACCUUCGUCUGAGCCACGCACAAUCUCGACGCCGAGAAGUUUUGAGAAAUUCACUUCAAAUGCUGGAAACAGGUCAACAUCAUAAAGUGAACACUGUCGUCCUCAUCUUGGUACGUUUUACA